AUGGCAGCCAUCGCCGAACCUCAAAAAAUGAAUCUUAAUGGUUACGUAGGGUUUGAUUCCAUCACUCGACAAAUCGAAAAGAAAUUACUGAAGCGUGGUUUUCAGUUCAACGUCAUUGUCGUUGGUCAAACCGGGCUCGGUAAAUCAACCCUUAUUAACACCAUUUUUGCUGCUCAUUUGAUUGACAGCAAAGGCCGUACCAGUUCUGAAGAGCCUUUUAGACAAACCACCGAAAUUCAAACCGUUUCACAUU